AUGCCCCCGGAGUUUCACGUCGCUUUGCGCAACAAGGACGUGGACGCCGCGGCCUCCAUCUGGUCUCGUGUUGCAGAACAAGCGCUUUUGCACCUUCAUGCUCAGCAAGUUGGCUCCUCCUUGCGCUUGGGGCAGCCUCGCGGUAAGAUUCAAUUCGAUUCAACGCGUGAGCUUCCGAGGUCUCAGCGCGAACAUGCCGACUGUCUUCAACUUCGGCGACUUGGUCGAGCGUUUCGGCAAGCUUCUGAGGUUUGCAAGUGUGGGCCUGGCACUCGGGCUGACCGCACGUGGCGGAAUUUGCAAUCUAUUCUGCCAGUCUGCCCUUCUCAGUGGCAAAGCGAGCUGAUGACGCUUUUGCAGGAUCGGCCUUGUCAUGACGUGGCGAGGAAAGUGAUGCAUCUCCUUCAGGCCGCUAUGCAGUUUUUGCAAGCUGAAAGGCAGAGUUUUCGUCUGAAGCUUUGGAAGCAAACCAUGCGUAGUUGUCAAAGCAAGGCUUCGUCCUGGAGAAAGACACAUGAGCUUCAGGUGAACAACCCACAUCUCAGUGAACACCGGCACUACUCUGCUGUUGUCAUGAAGGUCGGUGGCUCCUACACCAUUGACCCCACCAGGCAGCUUCAGGCACUCACUGCCGCAUGGGACAAGAUUUUUGGCAAGCAUCGGCACAGUUGCCCUAGCACUUGGCAGUUUUUGCAGCAUUAUGGGCCUUACAUUCGCAAGGAAAGCUUCGACCUGCAGCCUCUUACAAAGGACACUCUUUUAACCACGCUUCGGAACACUAAGAACAGCAGUGCUGGGCUAGACGGUUGGCAGCCUCAGGACUUGCGGCUGUUGGGCCAGGCAUGUCCGGAUCUCUUUUCCUUUUUGGCUCAGUUGAUGCAAGUUUGCGAACAGCAGGCCACGUGGCCUUCUACUUGGACCACGGGCUACGUUUCCAUGCUUGCAAAGGAAGUCAAUUCACAAGGACAGAUUGAAGAUGUUUACAACUUUCGUCCAAUCACUGUUCUCAGUGCACUUUAUCGUUUGUGGAGCCGGGCGCGCUGCUUGCAAAUCAAGGAUUGGAUCACCAAAGUUCUUCCCGACGAGAUAUAUGCUUUACGUGCCGGACAGGGCGCCGAUGACAUGGCGGUCAACGUUUCGGCGCUCCUCGAAGAAGCUGAUCUCAUGGGAGAGUGGUCUGGUGGUCUCAGUUAUGAUUUUGCUAAGUGCUACGACCACAUUAUUCCGAGCAUGGCAAUCGACGUGUUUCUUUACAGAGGUGCUCCACUGUCUGUGAUUCAAGGCCUGCGAGGUUUCUACAAAGCCCACUGCAAGCACUUCAAACUGGGCACAGCUUUUGGCACCGCCUACCAGCCGGCCAAUGGCAUUGUCCAGGGCGACCCUCUCAGUAACUUCCUUCUCGCCAGCCUGGUGGCCUGUUGGUUGGAGCGGUUGACGCAGGGUCGCUUUACCCAGGUUCGCAGGCCAGCUCGCGUGGCUCCUCGGGUCUACGUCGAUGACAUCAGUGCUACAGCAAUUGCCUCUGACCUGCAGGCUUUGCGGGCGGUUUUGCGCGACACGCACAGCACAGUGCAACAGUUUGCACACUUCAGCGGCAGCAAGCUAAAUCCUGGCAAGUGCUUUACUUACGGAUUGGGGGCAGGCAAUGUUCAGCUUGCAGUGGAUCAGUUGGUCAAAUGGCAUAAGGCGAGGGCACCAAUAGUGGAUAUCUUGAAGGAAGUCACCGAUUCUGAAGAGGCAUGUGUGCGCAUCUUUGGAACACGAAGGUCAAAGACUUUGAGGAAUCGCUUUCACUCGUGGGGCAAGUUCGCGAGAUGGCUGGAGACUUCGAAGGGCCGCGUCUGGCCUGCCGGGCUGCAGGAUCUCUUGGAUUAUGCUACUGAAGCUGUGAAGGAGGGCGCUGGUAAGACGACCAUAGAUUCUUUUUCAGCGGCACUUUCUGUUCUGGAACAGGUCGGACGUUUCGGGGAAGGUGAUAUGCUGUCAAGAGAUCCAACGUGGAUUUCGUACAGUAAGAAUGUUACUGCAGAGCUGGUGGAGAAGGGGCCGAUGUUGCACCAGGCAGCCCAGCCUACAGUAGCGAUGGCGCUUUCACUCGAGCUUUAUGUGUUUGACGAAGAUAGAGCAAGAUAUGCAAGGGCAUUGGCUUUUGUUGCACUUCUGAUGCUAUGGGGAAGUAUGAGGUCCGAUGACGUUCAGUGCAUGAGGCCAGAGAGCAUGCGACUCACUAUAGAAGGACUGUCUUGCAAACUUUGGAAGACAAAGACGACGGGCCCAGAUCGAAGGAUCAACAUGGUGCAGGUCUUCAUAUCCCGCAAGGCCAGUCUCUCUGGCUUGGAUUGGCUGGCAAAGGGGCAUGAGAUUUGGUCAGAAAUCAAAGACACAAGGGAUUUCUUGGUUUUGCAAGCUUCAGAGGAUUGGGAAACCUGCGGCAACAAAGGGGUCGAUGCCCCUGCAGUGUCGCUCUAUGUGCGAAAGAUUUACAAGGAGCUUUGUGUUCCGCGCUGGGUCGAGGGCCGCUGGAUGCAGAACAAGGAGCGUCUGUUACUUCCGGGGGAUUGUGCGCUGCAUUUCUCUGGACAUUCAGCGAGGAACUUUCUUACUUCGAUCGCUGCAGCCAUCAGGGUUCCUAAGGACGACAGGGACUUUCUUGGACGCUGGAAGGUCGGUGGAGGUGGCUCUGCUGACUACACAAGAACAGCUCGGCAGAUAGUGCAUCGCAUCCAGGAGCAGGUUGCAGAGACUGUCUUGCUUGGGAGAGAGCGGGGCUACGUGGAGGCUGAUGCUUUGGAUGCAUUGCAAAGUUUCGCAGAAGAGCGAGGCGAGAUUGGUGCCGUGGUCAGGGCAAGGCAUGAGCUUGUUAGAGCAAACAAAGUUGGGGGAAACCCCCGGCUUGGCGGGCGCUACCCGCCCCUCUACAUGCAGAGCAUCCCCGGACCUCAUGUGAUCACUGAGGAGGCAGCGGAGGACCAGCCGGAAACCGCCGCUGCACCGAAAGGGGAGGCUAAGUAUUUUAUCAGUGUAAGUAAGAAGACGGGAUUCCGCAGACUGCAUGUGAAUCACGCGUGCUAUGUAAAGCCCUUCAAGUGUCAGGAUGUCGUAUACCUUGAUCAGGUGGCUGCCACGGAUUUCGAUGCAAUUUGUAAGGAUUGCAAGCUCAGAAUCAGGUCGAUGGCCGAUGACAACAAGGCCGAAGACAGUAGCUCAGGGGAGGCAACCACUUCCUCGAGCGAUGAAGGGAUGGCAGUCACAGAGGCAGAGAUGCGUGAGAGAGUCAACAGUGUCGAUGCCGAUCUGCAAUAUGUAUUGCAGGAGGCCGGGGCAUCACUCGCCACACAGUAUGCAGUUUGCAACGUGCACAGCACACUUCGCAGAUUCCAGGCUAUCGCUGAUGAUCGUGCAGGUUCGCGCACGGCUGCGAACACAGACUUUGGAGUGCCAAGAGACACGCCUGCAGGGCGUCAGCAAACGGCUGCUAUAGUGGCAGCGUGGGAACUUGCAAAAGAGAUUAGCUCCAAAGAAAUUGAACUCCGGGCGGAGGCCCGUGCACUCAAUCAGCCCAGGAUCUUGCAGACCCAGGAAAGGCAGGCCAUGCUGCGCGCGGUUUCGGCCGCCUAUGGCAAGCUCAACGAGGCCGAAACACCUAGUGCAGAGUACUUGGCUUUGAAAGCAGAGGAGACCGAGCAGAAUGAGCCGACUGCGGCACAGCUUGAUACUAUCACUUCGAAGCGAGAUUCUCAAACAGCCACCAUCCAGUCUAGUGUUGAUCCUGCAGGACAUUUGCGCAUCACGAAAACCAAGCAGAAAGUCGAGAUGCCUCAAAACUCUGAAGCUUACCGGAGAGUCUUGAAGAUUGAGGGUUACUCUUGGUUGGCAAUGCAGUCCAGGUAUAAAUCUAAGACUUGGCUUCAGGGCUUGACGAUGGCAGAUUUCACCAAGUUCGUCGACUACAUUCUCGGCGAGCGGGUCGCGGGCCUCAGAUUGGAGCAGGCCACGGGCUACGACAGUAGCCACAAUGCACUCUUCCGACCCCCAUGGGGGAUCGUGCUUCGCUAUGAGUACAAGUUGAGGAAAGAAGCUUUCAGGCUAGUGAAUGAUGAAGGUCAGACGCUUCAAGAUGCUUUGGCUGCCGUGACUAAGGAUACCGAGCUUAAAGAAGUUCAUUUUGUCACUCCCCUAACCUUGACCGCUUUCCCCAUGCCAUCAAAGUGGACACCGGAUGGCAAAGACAUCUGUUUCGCAUACAACAAUCAGGGUUGCCAGGGCAACUGUGGGAGCUUUCGCAAGGCAACAACAAAGCCGAGUGACGGAGGCUGCUUUGUGCUUGAGAGCCCUGAGGAUUUGGGUGCCACCAAGGCGCCCCGCGCCGAGGACAUCAUUCGCUUGUACGAAGCUUUGCCGAAGGAGGUGUCAGCCCGUGACCCUGAGGGCCGCAUCCCGAGCUCCUUCUCCACGGGUGCCUACAACAAGGGAGGCUUGACAGGCCUGAGGAAGGCAUGCCACGAUUUCCCGCUGGCCACCAAGUGCUUGGUCCGUUUUGUUCGAAGCAUGCGUCCUUUCCAUCCUUUCAGCACCAUCAGCAUUUACGACAAUGUGUGCACUGCUCUCCAUAAGGACGGCCGCAAUGCUUGCUGCGAGAACUUGAUAAUCCCUCUUACCCAGUUUUCUGGGGGCGAGUUGUGGAUGCAACAAGACCAGGGUGCCACGCCUCAGAACUUUGGGGGCUCUGAAGUGUUUGGGACGGCAGUGCCGAUUCCCCCAGAAGGCUUGUGCUUCGAUGCUCGUGGCAUCUUGCAUUGCACUAUGCCUUGGAAGGGCCGCCGACUGAUUGCCGUCGCAUUCACGGUGUCGAAGACUGAGGAGCUGAAGAAAUCGGAUGCGCAGCUUCUUGAGGACCUUGGAAUCAAUUGCCCUUCCGCAAGCCAGUUGACAGGGAGGACCUUGGAUGCCGGGGAGCUGUCAUCGACGGGGAGCUCUGAGUCGGAACCACCGUCUGGUGGCGAGGACCAGCAAGCAGACGAUGUCUUUAGACCAGAGCUUUGUGGCAACUUCGGAAACCCCUUGAUGCUGGAGUGGGACGGGAGAGAGUCGCCUAUCACUGACGGCUAUGGCCUUUGUUCUCCAACGCGUUGGCAUCCUGCCUCCCGUGGAGCAUCGCUACCAGAAGGGCCGGCCGGUGGUAACCGGGAGUCCAACGAAAAGUAA